AUGAAACCAUGCAUUGUUAUCGUUGGUCUUGAUGAAAUAUUUCUCGAUGAAAUAGUUCAAGGUCUAACUGGUGAAAAUAAAAUCAUUGAUAAUAAUCUAAUUGCAUGGACGAUUGAUACAAAAUAUUAUACAGCUGAUGUUCAUUUAUGUCCAGUAAAUACUAAAAUACUUGUUGAAGAAUCUGUUGCUAAUUUAGCUCAAGUUCUUAUAUUACUUAUUGAUCCUUCACAAAUCAAUAGUCGUACAAAACUUGAUAGUUGGUUACCAUUUUUAAGUGUUCUUAAUGAAUGUGAAACAAAAUUACUUGUUACUCGAAAUAUAGAUGCUUUAUCGAAUACAAUUUCAAGAAUGGAUGUAAAACAAUGGUGUACAGAACAUGAAUAUGAAUUGCUUGAACUUGAAAAAACUACAGCAUCAGAAACAGAUGAUGAAGACGAUGAAAAUAACCAUCGUAAGUAG